AUGGCAGUGCUAGCUUCAGUCACUGGAAGUGGUUUUGUGGCGAAUCUGUGCCUUUAGCAUUUUGGUUUGAUAUUUUGUAAGACUUUUAUCAACAAAAGGCUGCCACACCUCUUUGAUAAAACAAUGCACUUAGCCUCGAGAAGGGGUGUGUAGCGUUUGUGCGCAGACUGUUACAAUGCAAUUGUAAAAAUGAAAAACUCUUUAUGUCUCCACUCGGUUACACGUGUGAUAUGCAAGAAAAUUUGAGCAAAAUAAAAUUUACAGACAAUUUCAGAAACGAGUGAAGAUGAACGCGGAGCCUCCUCUCCUGUCCUCCAAGCAUGUGACUGGAGUGAAGUUAUGUCCGUAGUGGACACUUACCCGGCUAAUGAUAAAGUGAAUGUCACAAAAAACUGGUUGGAUUACAUUAUUUUCAAAUGUAUGAACACAAUAGUUGGUUAAAAUUGAAAGACAGAAUAUUUAAAAGCUUGCUACUUGCAGUUAUUAGUAGUGCAUUAGGGCCUGACGACUUGGAGGGUAAGUCAUUUAUCUGCAGGUUUUCAAGUCCCUCGAACUCAAAAUAUUCCUCCAAAAUUUUUGCUUUAAAAUCCUAGCUGAAAAGGUGAUUAAACGGGGUUUCGUUACUCUUCUUCGCAAUACUCCGAUGCAAUGGAGCUCUCUGUGCAGUUUCCUAAAAACCUGUUUUACGGAACCAAAUGCGUACCUGGAUAAGAUUUGGCUAAUGGCUUUAUUGUUUCUCCAAAAACUGUAAUCAUUCAUAUCGUAUCUUUUAUGUGAGAUUCCAAGUUUCCUUAUAAUUCGUUUCAACAGAGACUGUAGUUAAUGGCAAUUUUUCUAACUCUGCAUCGGUCACAUUAUCGGUGUUCAAUCAAGACAUUUUGGGUGACAUUUUGAUUGAAAGUCCUAUUUCUUCUAGGGGAGAAAACUAGCCAUUAUCGAGACUGAGAUUUUGGAGCACACAUUUUUUUUCCCAAAAACACAACUUGUAAAUGGAUUCCUGCUUCUAUGGCCUCGUGGAUGAGUGAAGCGUAGACUUAGUCGUCCACUCCACUCCAGAGGAACUUGCAUUGUAUUAAUGUAUGGAAGCAGCUCACUUGCUGAGAAGAAAUUACCACAUGUUAGGGGAUUUUGGAUACUGUUAAGGAAAAAUUGUGCACUCGAAUUAGCUUAUUUCAGUAGGUGGUGCCAAAGGCGCGCCUCAGAAUGAUCCAUUUUGAAUCAAAAUCCUCACAAAAGUGCUUUGUUGCAUUCUUUUCUUGCUCUGUUGCUUGCCUCCAAUUUUAUGCCUUGUUGUUGAGCUUCAUAUCAGUGAACACGAAGAUUGGAGAAGAAAAAUGUACUCCGAAUUGGCAUAGAUCUUGUCAAACUCUUUUUGGAAUAAUGAGAAUAAAUGACUUUAAAGGCAUUGCGAAUCGUAAUUUAGCUAAAAGAGGAAGUCGAGAAAGCUUCAUUGCAAAAACAUAUGUAGGACUUUGUUCUACGCACCACUGAAAAAUGUUUGCUACAAGAGCUCUCUGUUUCUAACAAAUUUUUAAAAUGACGAUAAAACUGUGCGAGUUCGCCCACCAUCCACUUUUAAUUGAAAUGAGUACCUUGCACUGAAGAUGGUGGUAAGCAUUUGAAGGGGUGCAGCAGCAAAACCUUUGAUCCACAUUUAAUGCCUCAACUUUUAGAAAACCACCUUCCCUUGAUCGGGAGUGAUUGCUUAGGAAGUAAGUGCAAGUAGUAAAACAAUUCAUUCACAUCAUUGCGCGUUGGAAUCUAAAGUGUUGUCGAAGCACAGCAAAUGAACUCCGUCCACAGACCAUCAGAACAAAUAAUGCGACAUCUUCUUCAUUUUCAUCUUAAUGAACGUGUGAGUGAGUGAAGACAGCAAAGGUUGUAUUGCGUCUGCCGGUGGGGCUGGUGGGUCACAGCCCCACUUCCACCCCUCCUACCAAUCCAAUGCCUUUCAUCACCAAAUGGGAAGUUUAUAGGUGCUGCCUUGGUAGCAAUCAAAUGCAAAAUUCGGCCAUGUUAAGACGUCAAUCCUGGUUUCCACUGGCUGUGACAAACUUCAAGGGUCUUUAUGAAGAGCCCAUAUAUUACGUUGGCUAAUCUUCAAUUCCACCACAACAAGAGGGCUAGAAACGACGUCUGCGUUUGCCAUCCGCCCCACCUCCGUGUUUUACUAGCCGACCUUUUAACAGCUAAAAAUUGACACCGUCGUGGACCGUCUGGAGAGGUGUCGUUUCAGAGUUCUCUUUACCGCGUUUGUGCAAGGAUGUCAGCGAUGACUCUACGCUUAAGCGUCUUCCAUGGCGAACUUUAUUUGAUCCCGUUUUGUCUGUAACGCAUGCCUUCCAGACAAGUGCUCUAAUGUCUCCCCUUGGACACAAUUAA